GAUGGUUCUUCGUCUGCCACAUCAGCAACACGAUUAACUAGGGCUCAGUUGGAGCAUGGUUGAGUGAAACAAAUAUUAUUUUUUUGUUUGUCGUGCUUUAAAUCUUACGUUGAACUACGGAGUGCCUUUUAAUUUAUUUCGUACUCCAUAUAAAAUCCUUUGCUCCUGAACGGAAGGUAAGACGCGAGUGACGUCACGUGACCACGAUCUUUUUAGCACAUUGCAUGGAUCCAGCAGUAUGAGUGCACCACAGCCAAAACCAAAUCGAUGGAUUGUUAAACAGGUCCUGUCCGGGGACUCCGUUAUCAUCAGAGCACAACCAAAAGGGGGUCCACCACCAGAAAAGCCACUUGGCCUCUCCAAUAUCAUUGCACCCAAGUUGGGUCGUCGUGCUGUUAACAAUGUUGAGGAAACAAGAGAUGAACCAUAUGCAUGGGAAGCACGAGAGUUCUUGCGUAAGAAAUUAAUUGGUGAAGAGGUUUGGUAUACUUCAGAAAAACCUCCCAAUGCAACUCGAGAAUAUGGCUGCAUCUACCUGGGCAAGGACAUGGCUACUGCAGAAAAUGUAACGGAGUCUCUGGUAUCAGAAGGUUUGGCCAGUGUUCGCCGUGAAGGGGCCCGUUCAGGGCCUGAACAGCAACGCCUUAUUGAAUUGGAAGAAACAGCUAAAGCAGCUGGUAAGGGAAAGUGGGCUGUUACAGGGAGCCAGGAACACACACGAGAUAUCAAAUGGACGAUAGACAAUCCACGCAAUUUUGUGGAUAAGUGUGGUGGGAAACCUAUAAAAGCUAUCAUUGAGCAUGUGCGAGAUGGGUCAACUGUGAGAGCGUUCUUGUUGCCAGACUUUUACCACAUCACACUCAUGAUUUCUGGCAUUAAGUGCCCAGGAUUUAAACUUGAUAACGAAGGAAAACCAGACCCAGCUGCAAAGGUGCCUUACGCAGAAGAAGCCAGGUUUUUUGUGGAGUCUCGGCUACUGCAGAGGGAUGUUGAGAUUCUUUUGGAGUCUGUUAAUAACAACAACUUUGUUGGGAGCAUUAUCCAUCCAAAAGGUAAUAUUGCAGAAGCCUUGUUGAAGGAAGGAUUUGCCCGAUGCAUUGACUGGUCUAUGGCAUUCAUGAAGAGUGGUGCUGACAAACUUCGAGCAGCUGAAAAAUUGGCAAAGGAAGGAAGAAUCAGACUAUGGAAGGACUACCAAGGAGCUGGUCCUCAGGUUUCAGGCAAGGAGAAAGAAUAUACAGCAACGGUGGUUGAAGUUGUGAAUGGAGAUGCUCUCAUGGUUAAGGCAGCAGAUGGAACAGUCAAGAAAAUAUUCCUAGCAAGUAUCCGACCACCAAGAGAACAGAGGUCAUCAGAAGAGAAGCCCAGUGAACCUCCACCUCCACGUCCAAAGGGUUUCCGUCCUCUGUAUGACAUUCCUUGGAUGUUUGAAGCACGUGAGUUUCUGCGGAAGAAGCUGAUUGGCAAGAAGGUGAACGUUGUUGUUGAUUACAUACAAAUCGCUAAGGACAACUUCCCAGAGAAAGUGUGCUGUACAGUCACAAUUGGUGGAGUUAACGUGGCGGAAGCCAUGGUAAGCAAAGGCUUCGCUACAGUGCUCAGAUAUCGUCCAGAUGAUGAUCAGAGAUCGUCUCAUUACGAUGAACUUCUGUCUGCUGAAAUGAAGGCUAGUAAAUCUGGAGCUGGGGUCCAUGCAAAGAAGAAUAUUCCUAAUCACCAUGUUGCUGAUGUAGCAGGGGACCUGGCCAAGGCGAAGCAGUUUCUACCAUUCCUUCAGCGAGCGGCCCGAACAGAAGCUGUGGUAGAAUUUGUUGCCAGUGGCUCGAGACUACGGCUUUAUAUUGCCAAGGAGACCUGCCUUGUUACAUUCCUGUUGGCAGGCAUUAACUGUCCCCGUGGCUCCCGGCCAGGCAUCGGAGGAGCAGGUUUAAUAGAGGGGGAACCCUUUGGAGAGGAAGCACUGCAGUUCACCAAGGACAGAUGUUUGCAGCGCGAAGUUGAAAUCCACGUAGAAUCGAUGGAUAAGGCCGGAAACUUUAUUGGUUGGCUGUGGGUGGAUAGCCAUAAUCUAUCAGUUGCUCUAGUUGAGGCAGGACUGGCAACAGUGCAUUUUACUGCUGAACGCUCAGAACAUUACAGAGCCCUCAAAGCUGCUGAAGAUAAUGCUAUAGCUACCAGAUUGAAGAUAUGGAGUAAUUAUGUAGAAGAGAAUGAGGACAAAAAUAAAAUUGAGGAGGAUAACAUCACAGAACGCAAGAUAGAUUAUCACAAGGUAUUUGUCGUUGAGGGAACUCGUGACCUGCACUUUUAUGCUCAGCUUGUGGAACAGGGUUCCAAAUUGGAACAGCUAAUGGGGAAGAUAAGACAGGAGUUUGUUUCCAAUCCACCUCUGCCAGGUGCAUUUACACCCAAGCGAGGUGAAAUGUGUGCAGCAAAGUUCACUGUAGAUGACCAGUGGUAUCGUGCUCGUGUUGAGAAGAUAUCUGGCCCUGACAUCAGCGUGUUAUACAUUGACUAUGGGAAUCGAGAGGUUGUUGACAUCGUGCGAUGUGCCACUCUGCCAUCCAGCUUUGCAACAGAAAAACCAUUCGCACUUGAGUAUGCAUUGGCUUGUGUUCAGCUUCCAAUUGAUGAGGAUGAUAAAGAAGAGGCAAUACAUGCUUUUCGAAAUGAUGUGCAAAAUCGCACUCUGAAUAUGAACAUAGAAUACAGGCUUGGAAAUGUUUCAUAUGCUACACUAGUUGACCCCGCUAAUAAUGAUGAGGACAUUGCCAAAACUCUGAUCCUUGAAGGACUUAUUUUAUUCGAGAACCGCACAGAAAAGAGACUGCAGAAAUUGGUGUCAGAGUACAGAGCGGCACAGGAAACUGCAAAGAAGAGUCAUGCGAACAUGUGGAUGUAUGGGGACAUCACAAAGGAUGAUGCCAAGGAGUUUGGUCUGGGAUGUUAAAUCUGCAUGAUGUACACUGGCACAGCAGUUGGAGAGGGCUCAAUGGCAUCUUGCAUUUCCCCCAGCAGGAUCAGGUCAACCAACCUAAUAGCUGUGAUCACUGUAGAAUGUUUAUGUGGAUCUAAUAAUAUAAGCAUUUUAUUGUUGGUCAUAGCUUGAUUUAAACCUUCCUUUAAAAACAGCAUGCAUGCAUGCAUACAUACAUAUACAGUGUUCUGUCACAGUGGCUGUGGUAUCCUAGCCCCCUUAAUGCUUGGUUCUUUGGCCAUAAUGAACAGGACUGAGAUUUAUAUGCAUGCAAAGUGUUGACCCUGUGCUACAGAUAAUAUGUAGUUUAACAGUGGCUCAGAUGCUUACCUGAAACUAUUGUUUGCAGGAGAAAGUGCAAUAUUUCACAGACUGUUCAAAAACAAAUACAAACAUUAAAGGGCAUGAAAGGUGUGCACUGAAUCCAUAAAAAAUUGAAGUUGUUUCCAGCUUCAUGAAGCAUAAAUGGAUGUAUCUUGCUGAGGCAUGUGGUACCAAGACCACACUGUGGUAUAGUAUGUUAUUUCUUUCCGUUUUGCAAUGGUUAUAAUGUAAAUAUAAGGAAAAAACAUUUUCUAAACUGUCAGGUUGUUAAAAUGCAGCAAACUGCGUGGUCCAGGAUGUUUCUCUUUAUUGUGGUUUCAAUUGAUCGCUUCUGGGAAUAAUUUUAAUGAUUAUACAUAUUUCAUGAUAAAAUAUGUUCCAGUUCUACAUUUGAUAUUGCAUCAGUCACUGAAAAUGAAAAUAUUUUCUUGGCAUACAAUCAGAUGCCAUCUAAAUAAUGAAUUUAUGUAAUCAUGGUCAUUAAAUAAAUGGUCGGCAGGGAUGACACGAAUCAUGAAGACUAUAACUGAUAAUUAUUGUGCAAUUUUUUUUGUUAUUGCAAGUAACUUAUGUUUAUAAUUUUGUAAGGUGAAAUUGUAGCAGCCAUAUUGUAUGGACUUUUUAAGCUGUAUGUUCAGUUGAAAACAAUCAUGAGGGGGUUAAUGUGAAUGUUUCUGGUGGAUGUGGGGCUGUGUUAUUAAGAUUAAAAAUAAAAAUAUUGAAGGAAGUAA